AUGGCUUACUGGCGAAGUUAUAGAAGAUUGUCAUCACAAGUAAACGCCUUUGCCGCUGCAGAAAGCAGUGAUGAUGAAAAUAUUUUGGAGAAUGAUUUUGUACUUGAACCCCAUAGUGGACAGCCCCAUAAUGAACAACCCCAACAAAAUGAGCUAGCUGAAUCAGCACUAAACUGCAGUAGUAGCAAUUCAUCUGAUGGCUUUCACUGUGGUGAUGAAAGCUUUAUAACACCUGUUGGUGUCUCAGAUUCAGAUAACGAAACUGAUGAAGAUGUGCCAUUGCUUUCUACCUCUGAAUUGACUUUGCGUCAAGAAUUGAAUUCUUGGGCAACUAAGAAUGCAUGCCAGCAUGGUGUACUAAACGAACUCCUGGAUAUUUUGAGGAAACAGGGGCAUGAUCUCCCUAAAGAUGCUCGAACUCUUUUAGAAACCCCUAGGAGUGUACCAGUCAUGUCAAAAUGUGGUGGGGAGUAUUUAUAUUUUGGGAUAGAAGCUGGUGUACUCAAGAACUUGUCAAAAUAUUCAAAAAUUACUGACCAAAUAGCUUCAAUUGACCUUUUGAUUAAUGUUGAUGGCCUUCCCCUUUUUAAGUCAUCUAGUCAACAGUUCUGGCCAAUAUUAGGCCAAUUUAACAACCUGGAUGUGUUUGUUAUUGCACUCUUUUAUGGACCAUCCAAACCAAGUUCUGUUGACGAAUAUCUCCAUGAUUUUCUUGAAGAGCUUGAUAAAUUGCAAAGUAAUGGGAUCUCUUAUAAAGAGCAAAAGUUACCUGUUCAUCUGAAGUGUUUUUGUUGCGAUGCUCCUGCGCGCUGUUUCCUAAAGUGCAUUAUUGGGCAUACAGGUUACUUUGCAUGUGAGCGCUGCAUCAUUAAGGGAAUGUGGAAUGGUAGAGUUGUUUUUAACUCUGUGUCCAAUUUUGCAUCUCGCACUGAUGUACAGUUUGACAAUUGCCAGUAUGAGGAUCAUCAAAAAGCUCCCACUCCACUAAUUGGUCAUGGAGUUUCUUGUGUCCAGCAAUUCUGCUUGGACUACAUGCAUUUGGUGUGUCUUGGGGUGACAAAACGUAUUCUGUUUUUCCUCAGGAAGGGCCCCCGAAUAUGCAAGCUUUCUUCGCAGCAGAUUACUCAAAUAUCUUCUCGACUGGUACUUUUGAAAGGUGCAAUGCCAAGUGAGUUUGCUAGGCAACCUCGCUCUUUACUUGAAGUAGAGAGAUGGAAAGCAACUGAGUUCCGCCAGUUCUUGCUUUAUACUGGGCCCAUUGUUCUAAGGGGCAUAGUCUCAAACGAAGUAUAUGAGCAUUUCCUGUCAUUAUCUGUUGCUAUUUCUAUUCUGCUUGAAACAAAUUGUGAAAGAAGAAACGCCUAUUUGGAUUAUGCUAGAAAAUUACUGGAAUUCUUUGUAAGAAACUGUCAGCAUGUGUAUGGUGAUACUUUCACAGUGUACAAUGUACACUCUCUUUUGCAUUUAGCUGAUGAUGUUCGUCACUUCAACUGCUCUUUGAAUGAAAUAUCAUGCUUUCCUUUUGAGAAUUACAUGCAACAGUUGAAAAAACAUGUUAGAAGUGGUAAAAGUCCAAUUGUGCAAGUUGCCAAACGUGUAGCUGAAAUAUCCAGUUCUUGCCCGAAGAUUACAAGUAAAAGAAACUUUUCUAAGAUAGGGACAGUCUCAGAAAAUUUUAAGGAUUGUUGUUUCUUGAUUGAAGACAAAUUUGCAUUUGUCAAGGAAAAAAGAGAUGAUGGCAAGAUGGUGUGUACUGUGUUUUCUGAAAGUCAGGUAGAGAGCUUCUACUGCAGGCCAGCUGAUUCAAAGCUCUUUAAAGUUGUGUCGGUGCGCAGAAUUGAGGAAAGAGGGAAAAGGAGAUUGGUGGAAGAAUCUGAACUACAUCGCAAGGCUGUCUGCUUACCGAUUAACACUGGAUAUGUCAUCUUCCCUCUUCAUCACGAAGUGGAGCGAAAGUUUUAA